UGGACGAGUACUUGAAAGUCACCAAACCAACUUUUACUCUUGACCGUUCAAAGCUAUUCAUCAUGGACGAAAUAGGGAUUGAAAUGCAUGAACCAACCUUCGAGUCCGUUGUGACCGAGAAGGCAGCUUUCUACAAAGAACUGCAUGAGGAGGAUUUGUACACGAAGUACAAGAAGCUGGCACGGCACCUGGAAAUGCUGGAGAUCCAGGAAAGCUAUAUUAAAGAUGAACAAGCAAACCUAAAGCGAGAGCUCAUCCGUGCGCAGGAGGAAGUCAAGCGUAUCAAGUCCGUACCACUUGUUAUUGGCCAAUUCCUCGAACCUAUAGACCAGAGCACUGGAAUUGUGGGGUCAACAACUGGUUCUAACUAUGUUGUCCGGAUUCUAUCGACUCUAGACCGCGAACUCCUGAAACCAUCCUCAUCUGUUGCCUUGCAUCGUCAUUCAAAUGCUCUGGUUGACAUUCUUCCACCGGAAGCAGAUUCUUCUAUUUCCAUGCUUGGUAAAGAAGAAAAACCAGAUGUAUCGUAUUCGGAUGUCGGUGGGAUGGACGCACAAAAGCAGGAGAUUAGAGAAGCAGUUGAGCUUCCUCUCACUCACUUCGAUCUUUACAAAAAAAUUGGAAUCGAUCCUCCUCGGGGUGUUCUGCUGUAUGGUCCACCAGGAACCGGUAAGACUAUGCUUGUAAAAGCCGUAGCCCACCACACAACAGCCGCAUUUAUCCGCGUCGUUGGAAGCGAGUUUGUGCAGAAGUACUUAGGUGAAGGUCCCCGCAUGGUCAGAGAUGUUUUCCGUCUCGCCCGGGAGAAUUCUCCAGCUAUCAUCUUCAUUGAUGAAAUCGAUGCUAUCGCUACGAAACGUUUUGAUGCUCAAACCGGUGCGGACCGGGAGGUGCAACGUAUUCUGCUUGAACUUCUCAAUCAAAUGGACGGUUUCGACCAAGGAAGCAAUGUGAAGGUUAUUAUGGCCACAAAUCGUGCCGACACUCUUGACCCUGCCUUGCUACGUCCCGGACGUCUGGACAGAAAAAUAGAGUUCCCACUACCGUCUCGACGUGAAAAACGUCUCAUCUUCCAGACUGUCACUAGCAAGAUGAAUCUAGGUCCUGAUGUGGACUUGGAAGACUAUGUUUCGAGACCCGACAGGUUAUCUUCUGCAGAGAUAACAUCCAUUGUACAAGCAGCUGGCCUUCAAGCGGUACGGAAGAACCGGUAUGUAAUACUUCCGGUGGACUUUGAGGAGGCGUGGAAACAAACGGUCAAACGGUCAGACGACACCCACGAAUUUUACCGAUAGUAGUUUUAUCAUGUCAUUGGCCUUGUAUCCUAUUUUCUGCAAAUCGCAUUUUCUCGAUCUCUGUUUUGAGUGAUGUCGCAUGGAUUUCCCUAGCAGCUCCCUUCACUUUAGCGUCAUGCUGCAUGUUUCACGGCAUGGCGCUCAUUCUUACGAGCAAGAGUUACAUGCCUGUUCAUUUAUUUUGCCCCGCUCGUCCACUUUCGUAAGAUUGGGCG